CAAUGAACACCCGAUUUCCUUAAUUUCGGUUCGUCGUCGUUCGUAUUUGCUCUGUAAGUUUUCGAAGCGAUCAAAUGGAAGCAUUUUCAUCUUUCUUUGAUUCUCAAGCAGAAUCCAGAAACCGUUGGAGCUAUGAUUCUCUCAAGAACUUCCGGCAGAUUUCGCCGGUCGUUCAAUCUCAUCUCCAGAUGGUUUACCUUACUCUAGGUUGUGCUCUAGUUGCAUCAGCUGCUGGAGCUUAUCUGCAUAUCCUUUGGAACAUUGGCGGUAUUCUCACCACACUUGCAGGUGUUGGAACCAUCGCAUGGCUAAUGGCCACUCCUCCUUAUGAAGAGAAAAAGAGGAUUUCUAUUCUAAUGGCGGCUGCUCUUCUCGAAGGAGCUUCAAUUGGUCCUUUGAUUGGUUUAGCUAUUGAGAUUGACUCGAGUGUUUUGGUCAGUGCCUUUGUGGGAACUGCGGUGGCCUUCGGUUGUUUCUCAGCUGCAGCCAUGUUGGCUAGACGCAGGGAAUUCCUCUAUCUGGGUGGCCUACUUUCUUCUGGAAUAUCAAUGUUACUCUGGUUGCAUUUCGCUUCCUCUAUUUUCGGUGGUUCUACUGCCGUUUUCAAAUUUGAGUUGUACUUCGGGCUUUUGCUGUUUGUGGGCUACAUGGUAGUUGAUACUCAAGAGAUAAUUGAGAGGGCACAUCUUGGUGAUAUGGACUACGUGAAGCAUGCACUGACCCUGUUCACCGAUUUCAUCAGUGUUUUUGUCCGAGUUCUCAUUAUAAUGCUAAGGAACACUGCAGAGAAGAACGAGAAGAAGAAGAAGAAGAAGAGGAGGGACUAAAUGCCAAAUGCCAAAUGCUACGCUUUGUGGUGGAUAUAUUGUAAAUUGUGGUAGGCUGUUCUUGUAAUUUUGCUUGUUUAAGCAGAGAAAUAAGAUAGGGACUUGGUUUUUGUUCCUUACUUUUCCACCGCUGUGAAAUGUUCUUUGGUUCUGUCUCCUGUUCA